CCGACCCCUCCCCGCUCUCUCACCACCAACCAUACAUGACCUUCAAACCCAUGGGAUAUAGACUCCUCAACCGCCUCAACAACAUUCCUUCACAAUCACAUUCCGACUUCUUGUUCUUGUAAGGCUUUGUUUCCAGAAUCAACACUUCGCUAAUAGUUUUCUGAAUGGCAAAUCUGAGAUCUUGGGUUCCGAAUCAACUUGUCGUUGUUGGGUUUUGUGUUUCGAUUCUUGUCUUGGAGCUGAACGUUCCUGCAUUAGCAGAUGAGAGUGGUAACAUUGGUGGUGGUGGUGGCCGUGCUGAAGUGCCGGAGCUUUGUGGGACGGAUUUGAGUUUCCUUCCUACGCCAUAUGGAAACUUAUCCCAUGUCUUCUGUAAACCUAUUUGGAAUACUUUUGUCUUGAGGCACUCCCAGAACGAAGAUCAUGUAGUAAACAUUAUAUUGUCGGCUGUAUACACCACUGGUUGGGUGGGAUUGGGGUUUUCCAAGGAUGGUAUGAUGGUUGGUUCCAGUGCCAUGGUGGGAUGGCUUAAUAGAAAAGGUCAUGCAAAAAUCAAGCAAUACUAUUUGCAAGGUUCCAAGGAAUGGCAAGUCAUACCAGACAAAGGUGAAUUGCCACUAACUGGUAUUCCUACAUAUGUGGGGAUUCAUGGGGCCAUGAUUCACUUGGCAUACCAGAUGAAAUUUGAAAAUAAACUUGCUCGGCAACCAAUUAUAUUGGCUUUUGGAAGCGCAUCCCCAAAGCAUUCCCACCUACCUAAGCAUGAUGACAAAACAACCAUCAUGUUUGACUUCUCUCCAGGUUCUCAUGCGGCCGUUGCAUCCACUGAUUUUGGCCCGAUGAAAAAGAACCAUGGGAUAUUGGGUAUAAUCGGAUGGGGUCUGAUCCUUCCUAUUGGAGCAAUCAUCCCAAGAUACUUCAAGCAUAAGGACCCCUUAUGGUACUACCUUCAUUCGGUUUUUCAAGUUGUGGGGUUUGUCAUCGGGCUUGCUGGCGUGGUACUCGGACGUCGACUUUAUAAUAUGAUAAAAGCUGAUUUUCCAACGCAUAGAGGCAUAGGAAUCUUUGUUCUUGUUCUCAGUAUUCUUCAGAUUCUGGCUUUCUUUCUACGGCCGAACAGGGAGGCCAAGAUUCGGAAGUUCUGGAAUUGGUACCAUCAUUGGGUUGGAAGACUUGCCCUCUUUUUUGGAGCUUUGAACAUUGUGUUGGGAAUCCAGAUUGGAGGUGCAGGGAACGAUUGGAAAAUAGGCUACGGAUUUCUUCUGAGUGUAGUCAUCCUCACAGUCAUUGUUCUGGAAGUAUUGGCGUGGAUGAAAAAGUCAGAGAAGGCUACUGACAUGGAUCAAUCCUUCCAAAUGAAUCCGGUUGAAUAAGUUACACUCAAUUACUUGGUCUAGAAGGUUGAUCAUUGAUGCUCGAUGUUGCAUUUCGGACAAAGCGGUCUGAAAUUAUAUAUGUUUGUGUUGAUUUCUGAUCUUGAAAAUGGGCAAGCUGGUUGAAUCUCACUCUGGUCAAUUUCCACUGCAACCUGUUCGAACUGGGUUUUUGAUCCUAUCUCGAUUUCUUAUUCUUUGCCAGAUUGGACAAUACCAAUCAAUCUCAGCUUCCCUUUCAAGGUAACUAACAAGAGUGAUGAACUUCCGCUUUUUGAUGUGGUCAUUGUUUUCUUGAUGUCAACAGAGGUUGUUCUUGAUUUUGAUAUUUUGAGGAUUUUUUGCUCUUUUUCUGUACAAAGUCUGUAUAUAGAACGUAAUGAGCAAGCGAGAAUAUUGUUUUUAUGAAAAAAACACCGAUUCUGAGUGGAAGAGUUAUAAAUCAUACAUGUAGUAGCCACUGAGUGCUGUUCCCCCA